AUGAAGCAGCAAAGAAAGGAUAUGAAACUGGAAGAGAAUGAAUACCCUCCUGGCCUUCAUUCUCAACCAUAUGUUACUGCUCAUAACAUGAUUUUAUCACAUGCUACUGCUCUUCACAUUUAUAAAACAAAAUAUCAGGAAAAACAAGGAGGGUCCAUUGGGAUAGUUUUGUCUAUGGUUUGGUAUGAGCCUUUAAAAGAUACUGUUGAAGAUAAUUCAUUAGUUCAGUCAACUUUUGAUUUUGAAAUUGGAUGGUUCCUUGAUCCUUUCAUUUAUGGUGACUAUCCAAAUGAAAUGAAAAAAUAUUUAGGUCCAAAAUUACCAACAUUCUCAGCAAAAGAAAAGGAAAAAUUGCGAUAUGGAUUGAAUUUUAUUGGAAUGAACUACUAUAAAAGUCUUUAUGUGGGACGUUGUGGUGUUUCUUAUUGCAAAGUGGCAGAAAGAGAUGGAAUUCCGAUUGGGAAAAAGACACCGAUGCCAGGAAGGAAAGGAGCUGAUGUGAGAGGUUAUCUUGUGUGGUCUCUUAUUUACUACUUUGAGUGGAUUCAUGGAUACACUCUCAGAUUUGGGAUCUACCAUGUGGACUAUAAUACACAGAAGAGAACUCCAAAAUCAUCUGCCAAAUGGUUCAAGGAUUUCCCUCAAUGUUCCAAGAUUACAGCCAGGAAGAGAAGAUGA